UAGUGGGGGGACGACUGGACGCAACGCACACAUCUCGCCAUAUUUAGCCACAGGAGAACGUAAUUGGCCUCAAUAUGGUAUAUGUAAGGAAUGUUACUUAAUUUUUGUAUUUUCAGUCAUCAAACAAAAUCAAUAUAACGAUUAAAUUCAUCCCUCCUAGCAUCGGAAUCUGAAGGGGCUUGAUGGUAGGAACCAACCGUUGAUUGUUGUUGUCAACGGUUCAAUAGCCCUGACGCACAAAUGUUCACCCACUGAAGAUUAGCAAUAUUAGCAUUAGCUGACCAAAGAACGAUCACAUUAUCCAGAAACUACUUGUAUGUGCACUCAUGCAUGAAAUAGUGUGCAUGUAUUUUGAAAGUGUCCAUUAAAAUAUAAUUUUUUAAUUUAUGUGCGCUUGUCGUAUUCUCGUUUUGUGGUUAUAUUUUGUUUUACAGUUUAAUUUUUUUGUGGACUCGAGCGGAGUGUAAGCUAACCGUAUAAACAAGGCGUAACGUUAACAACAAUUACUGACGUUGCACCUGUUGGCGGUUAUGUACGGAUAAUUUGCAGUUGAAUGUGAGAACUACUCUGAAAACAAAAAAAAUAAAAUAAAAUAAAACUAGCCGCGGUGUCAUCAAUUGGAUCAUCUUGGGCCCACGGGAUGGCUGCUGCAGGAGCUGCAGCCGGACCAAGUACGUCCAAGAAGGAUUUCAUAGAUGUCUACAGUGAUAUGAAUCGAAACGAGGAGGAUUUGGACAGAAUUGCUGAAGCAAAUGAACUUUUUGAUGCUGUUCUGACUGGCUCAGUCAAUCAGGACAAGACAGCUACUGUGCCCUUUCCCGAGGAGGCAUCAGCUAAAGAGGAGGCCAAAUCAACAGCAGUGAAAACCCAGAAAGGAGCAAAUUCACUGAGGAAACUGUCGUUAUAUAUUGGAAAUUUCCCCUGGUGGACAUCUGACAAAGACCUCACGUGCAUGGCCCACACGUUGGGUGUGAAGGACAUCAAAGAGAUCAAAUUCGCUGAGAACAGAGUUAAUGGCCAGUCAAGAGGCUACGCAGAAGUGGUGGUGACCUCAGAAGAGUCAUUAAAAGUAUUGUUGGAAAGAAUACCCCAAUGUGAACUCAAUGGGGAAAGGAUUGACUGUCGCUUUGCCACUCGCCAGAACCUAACUGUGUUUGAGGACGUAGCAAAUAAACGUAUACCCCUGCGUGUUAAUUCCAAAGAUCCCAAGGACUCUGAUUCUUCAGAUAAGAUUCCCUCAUUAUUAUCACAGGAGCCAAGCCCUCCCCCUAUACCUCCCCUUUUCCCGUCACAUCCACUUGCAAACAGGUUUCCCUCAUUACCCAGCCCUUUCCUUGGUCAGCCACCUCCCCCAUUCCCACAUAUGCCUCCAAACAUCCCUCCGCCCCUGCCACCCUUAUUCCCUCCCCAUCCAGCCCAUGUUCCUAGCCAGCCAUCUCCUAGUCUACAUAUAAAUCCAGCAUUCUUCACCCCGGCACAAGACGGGCACAGCAGCAAAUCUUACAGCCAACAAAAACACACACCUCAAAGUACAAAUGGAGAUUUUGAAGAGCUAAUGAACAGAAAUAGAGCGGUUGCCAGCAGUGCAAUCUCCAAGGCUGUAUCUGGAGCAACAGCUGGAGACUUGCGGGUGGCCAUGGAGACUCUUUUAACUGCCAUUGCCAUCAUCAAGCAGUCCAGAGUAUGUGGAGAUGAACGCUGUCAAGCCCUGGUCACCUCACUCAAAGACUGUCUAGUUUCUAUCCAGGGCAACUAUGGCUACAGGAGUAGCAGUCGUUCUGGGGACAAAGAACGAGAUCGCGACAGGGGUCGUGACAGGGAGCGAGAGCGUGAUAGAGAGCGGGACCGAGAAGAUUCCUCCAGCUGGGAAGCUGCGGGAAUGUCUCGAAGACACAGAGAGCGCUCGUGGAGUGGAGAGAGAGACAAGGAGCGCUCACGGGAACGGGAAAGGCACAGAGAUCACAGAGACCGAUACCGCUGACUUGACUCGUGGAGUGUGAAGCUGAGCAAAGACAGGACUUAUUGUUGUAUAAAAAUCUGGAGGAAUCUAAGGUGAGACUGAAGAUGUAUCUCCACAAAGUCUAAAGUGUACUUUUUUUGUUCUCCAGUCAUCUGUACAUACUGGGACUUUUUCCUGUUUUAAGAAAAACUGUGGUUGUAGAUUUGUUGCUGGGACAUCAGAGUCCAAAGCUUGCAUGCACAGGAACACCGAUUAAUAACUUAUGUAAUACAGUGC